AUGUUGGCCAAUCAGCAUCACAAGACCAGCGCUGUGCUCAGAGCUACCCGGCUGCCAUUGGUCCGCUCGGCGCUGCAGUCGGUGACGACGGCAUACUCAGGGGUCAAAGGUCGCUACCCCCUGCUGGGUAUGGUGGGGGGUGUGGCCGAAGUCGGCGUUCGCAGCGUCUCCUACCAGGCCAUGAGAAGAGCCACGCCCCUCCUCCAGAGUCUGGAGCCGCAGAUUGAAGUCGCCAACAGCUAUGCUCUCGUUGGUCUGGACAGUCUGGAGAGAAACUUUCCCAUCCUGAACCAGUCUACAGAGGAGGUGAUCAGUCACCUGAAGGACGCCUUCUUCCUGACUCUGGAUGACAUGCAGCUGUGGGUGGUGGAAGGACUGGAUGGAGCUCUGGACCGGUUAGAGCAUGUGGCCGACGCUGCUCGGACGGCAGUGCAGCAGCUGCAGGAGACUCCAGUGGGCCGAGCUGCCACAUCGGGGCUGGACGAGGUGCUGAGCCGCCUGGAGGACGCCACUGCCUACUACCUGCCGCUGCCCGCCACGCUGCGUGAGUACAUCAGGUGGUCAAAAGUCAAAGACAGGCAGUCGGGUUCUCUUCUG